AUGGCCAAAAUCCCAACACAGGUCCGGAAUGAAACAAUGCUACGAGCAGUCAACUUUGAGAUCAAAUUCCUGUCAAACCAAAUGGAACCAGAAGGAGGUGAAAAGAAUUUACAUCUUGAUUGGCCAACCCGUUUCGAGAUAUGUCUGGGAGUUGUCAGAGGUCUAGCCUACCUCCACGAGGAGGCGAGUGAUCGCAUAGUACAUAGGGAUGUGAAGGCCAGCAACAUUUUUCUUGACUCUAAGCUGCUCCCAAAAGUUUCUGAUUUUGGGCUUGCAAAGCUAUACAAUGAUAGUAAUACCCACAUGAGUACCAAAGUGGCAGGGACCAUAGGAUAUCUUGCGUCAGAGUAUGCCAUGCCUGGACAACUAUCAGAGAAAACGGAUGUGUAUGCCUUUGGUGUUGUGGCUCUUGAGCUACACGAGCAAAGCCAUGAAGGUGACCUAAUCGAUCAGGAGCUGACUGAAUUUAACAUGGAAGAAGUGAAACGCAUGAUAGGAAUUGCUCUACUUUGCAUUCAGGCAUCUUCUGGCUUGAGACCACCAAUGUCAAGAGUGGUGGCCAUGCUUUCAGGGGACGUUGAGGUCAGUGAUGUAACCUCUAAGCCAGGCUACCUAACCGACUGGACAGUUGAUGGCUCCUCAAGCUCCUCUUUUAGCACCUUUCAAACUAAAGAUACAAGCGCUUCUUCAUUCUCCUCCACGAGGUUUGUGACGCCCAGAGACGGCGACUUUAAGCCAAUGCACGGAGUGAAGAUCAAUGAGGGGAGAUGA